AUGUCAGGGAUUUGGCCAUUUUUCAACUCUUCGUUUUCAAACGCUUCGAUCAACAAGAUUCUUGCUGAGAUAGACAUUGAUCAGCAACGAAGAGAGAAGGCAGAGCAAAAGAAGGCGGAGGAUGAGAGGUUGGAGCAAGAGAAGAGGAAGAAAGCACGGAAGAAAGCAGUUAAAGAUAAACAAAAAGCUGGUUCGAAACGACAUCCUAGAGAUGACGAAAAAGACACGAGCAAAGUUUCUGUUUUGACGAAUUUGGCAGCACCUAUGCCCGUUUCGAGCAUUCCGGGAUCAUCGCAGGCAGAAGCCAAGUCAACCACUUCGCAUGAGGUUGCAUUUUCGCCUGCUUCGCAGCAAUUUCACGUUACUGCAUCGCAACUUUUGCACAGCAUUAAGGAAAACGACAGCACGAUAAUUCAGCAGACUAGAGGUGAGAAGCUGGCCGGAAAAGGUGAUACCAAAAGCAGGGAACAUGUGAAAAAUGAGCUGGAUACCGGGCAGGAGCCAAAAAUUGCCGCAGAUACUCGAAGAAUGGAUUUGAAAAGUGAAUUGGAGACCAGCGAGUCCAAGGCAGUGCCGGCAGUUGCUGCAGUUAGUGCAAUUCCCGCGUCAAUCGUCUCUGAGCCGGCGUCGUCGACCUCAUCGUCGAUUUCGUCGUCGUCUUCAGAUUCUUCGCUUCCCUCAUCGGGAUCUUUGCCGCGUCUGCCGGCCCACAAGCGUUGCAUCAAUGUUGGGCUCUUGAAUAAGUUGUUGGACCAGCCCAACCUCAUGGAUGAGAUCAACUUGGCGAAAAACCAGCGGUUGAUCAACUACAUCUCGCAAACAGACGUUGUGGAGGUGAUUAUAGACUUCAUUUUGUACUCUUUGGAGCUUGCGAAGCGGGGAAAAGAGCCUUCUGGAGACGAGCUAAAGAACGAGAUCUUUGCCGAGUACGUGGAGCUGGCCAAGGAUAGCUCUAAUAUGGAUGAUUCCGAUAAUUUAGGCUUGUCUGAGGACACAGACGGUGAGCCAGAUGGUGCAGAAGGCGAAGAAAGACUGACUAUGCUUGAGAAAGCACUGCAGAGGGCUUCUGUGUGUAGCGAGAUCCUGAUUCUUCCAAACACGAACAUCCUAGGCAAUUUGAUGGCUUCACGGACGUUGAUGACGCGAUUGUGGCGAGGAUUCUUCGAUAAGGGAGUUGAGUACUACUUUAAGAGUGUGAGUGCCAAUGUGGACGAUGAUGUUGAUGCAAAGGACGAUAUGAAGGAGAGUGCGAAGGGCAGCAUUAAGGAAAGUUUUAAGAAGAACAUUGAUGAAGAUGUCAACUCGGAUGAUAUCGACAUCGAUGACGAUGGGGACGAUUCCUCGAAUGACGUCCCGUCGAUCUACUCGGACUCAACUGAAGUAACCGAUCUCAACGGAAGACCACUCAUAGACGAGGAGCAGUACGAGAGAAUGCGAUUUAAAGACAACCACUCGCUUCUACUGCUGAACAACUUCCUCAAGCUGGUCGACGACAUGGCUGCAAUGAACAUGAAUGAGCUCAUGAACUUCAUCCGCUUCGAGCAAUCCCACCGCCCCUUGACAGACCAAUUCCUUGCACUUAUUCCUUACUCUGCAACUGCAUGCGACUUGCUUGUUCGUCUCAUCUCCACAGACAAGCCAUACAGCCCGAACGGCUUGAUAGACAUCUUACUGGACCAGAACUUGGUCCUGAGGCUGUUUGAUCUCUGCCGCAUACACUAUCGAGACCACCAGGUCCAGGAUAACCUCUGCAACUUGCUUAACGGCAUCGUUGGGAUAAGUUCCAAUGUUGGAUUCUGGGAUGACCCGGCAAUGGCUACCGGAGGCCAGCAGCUGAACGAAUUUGGUGAGCCUGCUGACCCAGACCAGCAAAACAUGCUUCAGGCCAACAAUCCAAAUGUUGGACCUAACGAUCUGACCCGCCAACUUGUGUCAAGACCAUGUGUUGAGCAAAUGCUUGACAUAGUGAUAAACCGCGGUCAUUAUGGGCUGGUUACAGUUGUUUCUGUGGUGAUCGAGGUGAUCCGUAAAAACAACUCUGACUAUGACGAGUUCGACUGGAUUGGAUGUGCGGAAGAGGUCGAGGAGAGAGGUGCGGAGCAGGGCGGUGCCAGGGCUGUGCAAGAGAAUGAGCAAGGCGGUGCAAAGGCUGUGCAAAAGAAUGAGCAAGGCGGUGUCAAGGCGGUGCAAGAUAUCGAGCAAGGCGGUGCCAAGGCUGUGCAGUCACGCAUGCCCAGCUCCCGGGACCCCGUGUACUUGGGCGUGAUGCUCAAGCUGUUUUCGCUAAGGCUCGACGAAAUUGUCCAGACCUAUCUCACAGACAAGUAUGUUACAAUCAGGCAAAUUGAACUGACUCCUACUGCCAGUGGCGAGAAAAUCGAACCGUUGAAAUACGAGCGGUUUAAAGUGAUGGAGUUGAUCGCAGAGCUUUUGCAUUGCUCGAACAUGAUCCUCAUGAACAAGUCGAUCGACCUCGACCGUCUGGUGUACAGGCGUGACCAGUGGCGGGACGUUCGCCAUACCGAAAGUCUCGUUAGCGAUGCCCUGAGUGAUUACAUUGGUGAUAAUUCACGGCUUGUGUCUGGAAUGCAGAAUCUCAGCCUGCAAGCGGAGGAGGAGUCGCGGACCGACGCGUCGUACGUCGAAAUCCCCUCCGACUUGUCAAUCGGCAACUUCUUCAAGCUCCGGCUGUUGCAGACGCAUGCAAUCCCACUGAUUGCAUUAAAGAUGCACCGAUUCCCAUGGAAUAACUUCAUGCACAACGUGGUUUUCGACUUGGUCCAGCAGAUUUUCAACGGUAGGCUUGCAAACUGGGACGAGGACCAGGCCUCGAACCAGGAGGAAACGCGUUACGAUGACAAUCUCUCGCUCAACAAGGUGCUUAUCUGGUCGCUGUUUGGGGACUUUGACCAUUUCUCAGAUGGCCCAACUAGCCACCACUGCGAUUAUGUUGCAAACAACGAAUUCCCAGGCUUCUUCAACCUUCCAAAGUACAUUCUCUUCUGCUACAAACUCUCGGAGCAAAAAGAAGCCGCCUCAAACUUCAAACUGGGAUACAUGGGCCACCUCACAUUGAUCGCCGAGGAGGUCCACAAGUUCCAAAACUACGUGGAGAACUUUGGCAUCGCCCGCGAUGACCAGACUUUCACUUUGUUGAAGGAGGAAUCCGAUUCCAGCUCCAUCUUCUACCGUAAAUCCUCCUUUUAUGUCUUCAACACGCUCUACGAGCAGAUUUUCGAGAGCGGCCGCUUUGACGACUGGAACAACUUUGUGGCCACCACUUUGAAAGACCUCAACUCGAUGUACAACAAGGUGCUCGGCAACCCGAGCGACCUGGCCGCUGGCGACACGUCGAUCGACACACCGGCUAUCUCCGAGGACGGCAUCCCCAUCUCCUCUCCGCCCACCAAUGAAGAUGCCAUUAUUCUCGACAACGGGGACAGUGAGGAGUUCCGCCGACCCGUCCCGGUGAUAAAUGAGGAGGCUGAAGGUGAUGAUGAGGAAAAUGAGCAGCUCGAUAACCCGGAACCUGUUGCAGGUGAAAAAAACGGUGUGCAAAGAAGAAGAAGAAGAAGAAGAAGAAGCGAGCUAAGCCAGGACUAUAAUGCCGCCGGCGAUCCCGAGGGAACCCCAGUGGUAUCUACCGUGCAAAGCCUGGUAGACAGCACUGGCAGUGACGAAAAUGCAAUAAUAGACGAUGUCCAAGAAAAUACGGCACCAGAAAAACCACGUACGCAAAGAGUGUACGGUUCUGGCUAUGCCGAUUAUGCAGACUAUGACGAUCAGCUGGACGAUGAUGGCUUGAGUGGAGGCGACCUGCGCCCAAUGGCAGGCCACCAUGCGGAUGCUUACGAUCUUGAUGAUUCUAACGAACCUAAUAAUGCUAAUUGA